GUUAUUGCAACAGCACGAGCAGACUGACUGACUUCUUGCAGAAGUCUGGAGAUGUUUGUUUAGUGUCAUUUCGGCUUCUGACAGGACCGCAGCGCAUCCCUGAGCUGUCAUUAGAGAUCCAGCCGUUGAUUCGAGCAUGACCGAGGACACCAGCAUGACUGAGAGUGAAUCAGACGCGAAGAAAGUCACCGCGUCUGAGGUGGACGGGGUGCAGCCGGAGGUGAAGCGCGAGAAUGGGGGCAGUAAACUCGCCCUGAGCGACGAGACAGCCCCAGAGACUGGCCCAGCAGAGUUCGAGCCCCCCGAGGGCGGAUGGGGCUGGGUGGUGAUGCUGGCCGCUAUGUGGUGCAACGGCUCGGUGUUCGGGAUCCAGAACGCGUUCGGCAUAUUGUUCGUGUCUCUGAUGAAAGAGUUCGGCUCCGAGGACGACGAAGACCUCCGCUUCAAAACCGCAUGGGUCGGUUCUCUCUCCAUGGGUAUGAUCUUCUUCUGCUCACCAAUCGUCAGUGUAUUCACAGAUCUGCUCGGUUGCCGGAUAACAGCGGUUGGAGGGGCUGCCGUGGGGCUUGUGGGACUUCUGGCCAGUUCUUUUGUCACGUCUCUCGGGCCGUUGUACUUCACCUAUGGCAUAGUGUUUGCAUGCGGGUGCAGUUUUGCAUAUCAGCCCAGUCUGGUGAUCCUGGGUCACUACUUCAAGCGCAGGCUGGGCCUGGUGAACGGCAUUGUAACUGCAGGCAGCAGCGUGUUCACCAUCACGCUUCCGUACAUGCUGUCUGGUCUGCUGGGGCGUGUGGGGCUGCAGAACACGCUGCGGGUACUAGCCAUCUUCAUGUUCAUCCUCAUGCUGGCGGGCCUCACCUACAAACCGCUCCUGCCCAAACCCGUGAGCAGCAGCAAGUCUGGCAGCCGCUGUCCCUCGCUCAACAAGGUGUUCAAUGUGCACAUCUGGAAGUCUCUGGGAUAUCGCAUCUGGGCUUUUGGAAUCCCUGCAGCUCUGUAUGGAUACUUUGUGCCGUACGUUCACCUGAUGAAACAUGUGGAGGAGCGCUUUGGAGAGGGCGCUAAUAAAGAGGUUCUGCUGAUGUGUAUCGGCAUCACGUCUGCAGUGGGUCGGCUCAUCUUCGGCAGAGUGGCGGAUUACGUACCUGGAGUCAACAAAGUCUACCUACAGGUGUCUUCGUUCCUGGUCAUCGGCGUGAUGUCCAUGAUGAUUCCCCUGUGUCACAUCUUCGGCGGGCUGAUAGCCGUGUGUCUGCUCAUGGGUCUGUUUGAUGGCUGUUUCAUCUCCAUCAUGGCUCCCAUCGCCUUUGAGCUGGUGGGCUCUCAGAACGUGUCGCAGGCCAUCGGCUUCCUCCUGGGCAUGAUGUCCGUCCCCAUGACUGUUGGGCCUCCAAUCGCAGGAUUCCUCCGAGACCGUUUGGGCAGCUAUGAUGUGGCGUUUUACCUGGCGGGCAUACCUCCCCUCAUUGGUGGAGCCAUUCUGUGUCUGAUCCCCUGGGUAGAGGCCAAGAGGAGGAGGAAGCAGCGGGAGGUAGAGGCCGACACCAUGGAGAAAAUGCUGGAACACAAGAGUGACACGCAGGACGACACGGACAACAGGACCAAGAGUGACGAGCCGGAAACUGACGUCUGAGAAACACACAAUCAUCACGGACAGACCGAACGAGGUGUCUGUUCUGCAUGUGAAUAAUGUUGUGGAUUGCGUUUUCUAUCCCUUGAUUUACUACAGGAAGUAAUGAAACACUUUGGCAGAACAUGGAGCGGGCAGACAGCAGGUGACCCACUCAAAUGUGAUGCGUCAAUCAAAGCAUUUCCUUCAGUGUUUUUUGGGUUUUAAAUGAACUUUAAGAAGGGAAAUGUUCUGAAAACUUCAUCCUCAUGGAAGAUUCAUGGGAUUUGAAUCAGCAGGUUCAAAAUAUUGCUAACCAGAAGGUUUUUAUUAAAGUAGCAUUAGUUAAAGCAUUAGGAAACAUGAACUACAAAUAGAAAAUACAUUUAUACAGCAUUUAUUAAUUAAUUGGUUAAUAUUAAUUGAUAUCAUUAAUUAAUUAAUGUACAGAACUUUCAUAUGGAGGGCCAAAUUACUGAAAAUAAAAGAAUUAAAUAAGUUAUUUCUCUCAAAUACAUUAGAAAAAGAAAUGAAAUCAUUAAAACGAUUAAACUGUUGUUUUGUGACGUGCUGGAAUCCGUAACACUGAAAAUCAAAAGACACAAAGCUUGUGCCAAAAUAAACAAUUAUCCCAAAGAUGAAAUACAAGGGACAUGUAUUGAUUUAAUUAGUGAGUUCAUGAUUAAUUUAAUGAUUUUAUAUAUGAUUCAUUUUGAGUCAUUUGUCCCUCCAUACCUUCAAUGUUAAAGUGUAUCGGUAAAUAUAGAAAUGAACAUUAUUAAUCGUCAGUUCACGUUAACUAAUGUGAAAGUUUCCAAGUCGUAGUUUUUUCAUUCUUGCAAUGAAUCCAACUUUAGUUUUAUUUUUGACUACAACAUCUAAAUUUGGUUUCAUUUGGCAUAGAAAUGAUUGUAUGUAUUCAUUUCCAUGUACACUUGCGUAAAAGUGUAUUUGUGCAUGUACACUAUAGCUUUAUCUUAUAUGCUAUUAUCUUUAUGUGAACUCUUCAAAUAAGAAACAAGGAAACAUAAAUGCUGCUAUACAAAAUCGGAAGUGAUUUUAUUAGGUAUUAAUAUUGGCCCAAUCUGAAAUUGGAGAUUCGAUUAAUAUGCAAGGAAAAAAAGCCAGAUUGAAUUUGUUCAGUGUAAAGUUUUGGAAGUAUUUAAAAUGUUGGCGUGUUUAAGCGUGGAGAUAUGAAUGCAUUGUUUCCAUUGCUGUUUUUUUUAUUAGAAAUGUGGCAUUUGUGUUGUGUUCAAUGGGGCUUCUUAUUUUUAAUCAAUUGUUUCGAAGGUUUCGCCUGAGAAAGCCGUCCGAGAAGGAAUGUUUACAUGCGUUGAACACCAGACAGGGCAGACAUUAGUAUUUACAAUGAAAUGAAUGUUGAAAAGAUCUUAAAGUGUGUUCAUUGGACGACACUUUAUAGUUAGGUUCUUCUUAAUGUCCUCCAAUUUUUAAUUGCACACUAUAUAUAUAUAUAUAUAUAUAUAUACACACUAUUUACGUUUUAUUGCGAAGUGUGCCAAGUUAGUUUCUGCUUUUGUCUUUCAUGUAAUCACCAACUGAUCAUCACCCUCUCUCUAUACAUGCUGUACAAUGUAGAAGUGAAUUUGGUCAUGAAAUCAGUUAGCUGAUCUAGAAUGUUAUUUAAAUUCAACAGUUUUCAUGAUUCAUACUGAUAAAAUACAUGUUCUUGGACUGCAUCUCACAUAAUCUUUAGUCUCGUAAUCUACCUCAGUUGACGUUACUCGUGAACUGUUCCUCAGAACUCACUUGAAACAACAAUCACCAAGUGCCCAAUGUCCCGUGUUUCACGCAGAUAUUUGAUUUUCUGUUCCGGUCACAGAUGUAUUAGCAUUAGGAAUAAUAGUGCCUUGACGACAUGAUUGUUGGAUGAAGAUGCCUUAAUCAUUUGUAAUGGAAUCAAUGGCACAAUGUUUUAUCUUCCACUUGGAAACCAAAAAAUAGUUGAUUAAAUUGUGUUCAUUAAAAGCUAAUUCUUUUCAAAUCUGUACACUAUUUUUGAUUUUAUUUAUUUUACUUUAAAACUCAUUCAUUGAAAUGAUCUUUCCUUUGAGACCCAUUUGUUCACAUGAAUAUUGUUAGAGUAUGAUCUCUUUGUGCUUGGUCAUUUUUUUAUGGAUUUUGAAUCUUUCAUCAUAUUGGUCAUGCAAACAAUCGUAAACCAAACAAUGUUUUCUUCAUAUUUUGUAGUGUGAAUAGGGAUAAGUUGUAUAGUGAACACUCAACAGUCAUUUCUCAGGGUAAACUCAAAGACCUUCAGGCUGCCGCUAAACACCAAAUACUUCACCUUAAACGCCUUAAAGAUUGUCCAUCUGUUUAACAACACUUUUGUGUUGAAAUUGACCAAAACAUACCAUUAUUAAUGAGUUGUAAAUCUCUCUUAAACAAUUUGAUAAGUAAAAGUGAGCUACUCUUUUGUUUCUGUCAAUGUAUAAUCACAAUCCAGAUAAUUGGAUACAUGUGAGAAAUUAGAUUAGCACAAUGAACAACAAUGUAGCAUGAUUUCAGCUUCUGUUAUUUGUUUUACGAUGUGCCAAAGAAUUUGUAGACAUUGUUGAAGUUCAAAAAGUUGUAUUAAUAAAGAAAUUUACUUUUCUGUACUGUUGUUUUGAACAGUAUUUUGAGUGUCUGUGAUACUUUUUCAGAAAAAAAACAACUUAAGCCCAUGUUUCACAAAAAUCAAAACAUUGCAACGAUCACUCAAUUUAAACAAUUGCAAUUCAGUGAGUGUCAAAAGGUCACACACAUGGGGUCAACAGCACGGUUCCA